UAGUAGUAGUGGUAGUAGUAGUAGUAGUAGUAGUAGUAGUAGUAGUAGUACAUUUAUUUAAUUUUGUCACAUACUAGGUUUUCGAUUCAGACGGCAGUCUGACAGACUGACAGAUCUCGACCUAUCAGAGCCCCCGACUCCUUGCCCUACGCUCUAUCUCACCCGCUCUUUUCUCUGUCGUGAAGAGCAAGCCCUUGAGCUAAUAGCUGGAAUCUGUGUUCAUAAGAGUCAUUCCGAAAUUCUUCUUGCUUCUGUGAUCUUUUCUGAGGGGAUUUUGGUGUUUUUUCUUCGAGACGAAUAUUCCUUCGAAAUACACUCGCAUGAAGCGAUGGUGCACACUUCUCUGAACAGUCUAGAGGACCUCAGAAUAUUAUGUUUUUAACCUCCUUGGAUAAUCUAAUGGACCCUCGAGUAUCUAAGAAUAAAUUCUAUUCAUGACGUCUUUGGAUAAUUUAGAGGACCUUGGAAAAAAUUAUAUUUAUAACCUCUUUGGAUAAUCUCGAAGAGCUUGAAAAAAAUCGAUUAACAACCUAUGUGGAUAUAAUCUCAAGGACCUUGGAAAAAUUAUAUUAUUAUUCAUAACCUCUUUGGAUAAUCUAAAGGAUUCUCAAGGACCUCGGAAUAAAUUAUAUUUAUAACCUGUUUGGAUAACCUCAAGGACUUUGGAGAAAGAUCCCAUUCGUAACCUCAUUGGACAAUCUCAGAAUCUGGGAACAAAUCUCAAGCUUCUGAAGCUCGCACUGACGUAACAAUGGCGACAGAAGUGGGCGUGGUCCGCGCCAUCUUGCGCCAGAAGGAGUUCCUGCUGCGACGCCAUCUUGUUCUAUCUAGGACUGUUCUAGAUCAACUAAAGGAGAAUGGGAUACUGACUGAGUUUGUCAGGAGGAAAAUAGCGCUGGAGCCCGUCCACAAGCAGGUUCCGGUGUUACUGUCCGCCUUGGAGAACAGAGGCCUGGCGUCCUUCCGGAAGUUCUUGGACGUCUUACGUCAGACCGGGCAUAGCUGGCUGGUGGAGCAGUUGCUGGACACUGACGUCACCAUGGCGUUCGCCGACCAGGAACAGAAACACCAACACGCCAUGUCCGUUUUGCGCCAGGAAGAGACAGCAAUUCGCCAGCUCAUGGAACAGAACGCGCGAAACCAAGGUCAGGUCCGCCAGAAAAUGGGCGUGGUCAAGGACAUCUCGGACCGACUGCGGGACAUCAACGUGCGAGCCACAGACGUGUACAAACCGUCUCCGAACCCCAACAUUGGACAGUACAGGCUGAACCAGCUCAACCAGAUACCCUGGUCUAUCGACAACUGAGAUGACAUAGUCCUGCUUUAUUGUUCGCUUACUCGUUCGCGCGUUCAUUCGUUAAUUACUAACUCAUUGAGGAUGCGUAUUCUGGUCAAAAUUUGUUGUUUGUUGUUGUUUAGUUUGUCGUUGUUGUUGUUGUUUUUGUUGUUGUUGUUGUUGUUGUUGUUGUUGUUGUUUCGUUGGGGGGGUUUCUGAAGGUGUUAUUAUGACCCCAUAGACACAAUUUAGAUAAUUUAAAAAGCAGGAUUCUGACUCGGCUGUUAGGGUCAAACUGUACUGAGACUGAGAGAGAUACAACAUCGAGGCAGAAAUACAUGUACUAAGAUACUCGAUAAAAAUUUUCUCGCCUCUCGUGGAUUGAACACGGGUCUCCUGUGUACUGUGAGACAACGAAAUAUCCAACCGCCACACCACAAACGUUGGUUCAUUCCGGUCAUUUGACAACACUUUGAGACGUUCUGUUUUGGGGGCAGUUAAAAGACAGAAAGCGUUAUAACAUGUGAGACGUGCUGACAAAAUAAGAAACUUCUUGGAAUUCACGAAUGGAGAAGUCGGCCGAAAAAAGACACAUCAGAUUUGUAGAUUUUAAACUCAUGCCAUUUUCUCCAACUUAAAUAAAACUAUGUCUUUAUAAUUUCAUAAAUGCAUCGUAAUAACCAAACGUAUAAGUUUCAUAUAUCUAUCUGUGUCUGUAAGGCUAAAAUCCGAGAAUUAACUCAUUUUGUAAGCACACUAAGCAGUUAAAUUUGCGUGGUUUGCUGUCCAUGCAGAUGUUUCAGUUCUCUUUCCUUUCUCUGAAACUUUAGAAAGGCAUAUGCGAUGAAAUAAUCAUUUAUGCAAAUUCAUGUUUCUAAUUAGUGUAUGGCGGCUGGAAAAGUGCCGCAACAUUGCCUUUGGUUUGCUGCUGGUCGGGCAUAAUAAUGUGUGGACGUGGUUGAAUCAGGCGCUCGUCAAUUUUUGGGCAUGUGGAGUUAUUGGUAUCGUCUUAAAGCUUGUUUAUUUGGCUUGCUUUCGGUAAAAAAAACAAAAACAACAACAACCAAUCUAUCAAGAAAAGAAGUCGAGAUGUUUGCUAUUGAAGUGGCAUGGGGGUCUCCUGAUUUCAGAGAAAAAAUUAGCGAAGAAAUGGCCUUCAAAGUUGAGUUAUUUGUAUAGCUUGAGAGUCCUUCAAAACUGGAAUUUUACUUUGUUGUGUUAAUCGACUCUUUCAUUUUUUUUCUUUUUUAAAGUAAAGAAUGUGUUUUAAAUGAGCAUGGAAAGUGUUGAGCCAAAAUCCAAAAAUUCGAUAAAAAUUGGCAAAGCGAUGGGGGGAAAAGACGUUUUCUUCGAGUUCUUUUUUUUUUAAACGAGCACUUAUUUUCACCACGCUGUCUCCCAUAAUAUGUAUCGAUUUGACGUGUCCACUCUGCCUCUACUCAGUUAACAUGCAAAACGAUGUUCUAUAACUCAUUAAUAUUCAUGUUGUACCUUCUGUUUGUGAUACAUGGAUUAAAGGUCGUAUACAUUAUGCAUACA